AUGGAUAAUACAGAUAGUAUCUCAUCUCAGCAUUCUACGCCCAUUCUAAUAUCUUGGAAAUCAAUAAUUCCUUCAUAUGAAGCAUGUUGUGGUGGUAAUGAAGAACAAGUUCGAAGUCUUUUACCAAAAUACUCUCAUGGUGAUUCAAAUCGACAAGAAUUUUCAUAUGGUACAAAUACAUGCUCGCAUGUUGAUUUUGCAAAUGAUCAUGAUGAUAUUGUUAAAAUUUUACUUGAACAAGGUUUUUAUCGAUUAUUACUUCUUAAUUCACAAAAUUAA